GCAUGCAAGUUGUCUUUCAGAUAUGCGAAGAGAGAUGCAGUGUUCAGUCCUUUCUUGCGUUUUAACCCUCCUGGACUUGCGUGUCACCUAUACUCAUGUCGGACAAAGCGUCAGUGACCUAUAUCUCGACUUUCAAUGAAUUACUGGCAGGAAGCGUCGGGGGUGCAUCCCAAGUCCUGGUAGGACAGCCACUCGAUACAGUCAAGACACGAGCACAGAUCGCACCGAAGGGCAUGUUUAAAGGACCCAUGGAUAUCUUGAUGCAGACUGUACGAAAGGAAGGAUUUUUCGCGUUAUAUAAAGUGGAGAUGUUCAAGGUGCGUAUGCAGGGGCAGUACGGUGCGGCAACCGAUAAACGCCUACGAGCUGUCGUGACGGAAAUGUGGUCAGAAUGGGGUUUUAGAAAGGGCAUCAUGCGCGGCUUUUGGGUCACUUUUGCAAGAGAGAUUCCUGCUUAUGCCGGUUUUUACACAGCAUAUGAAUACUCGAAACGUCAAUUCCAGAAAAGAUAUGGCGAACAGGUUCCAGUGUGGGCAUUAUUGGCCAGUGGGUCAACCGGAGGAAUAGCAUACUGGACGGCAUGUUAUCCGCUAGAUGUGGCUAAGUCUAGGGUACAAUUACGUCCAAUACCACCCAGCGGGACGCCUGUGCAGUAUAUUGCAAACGAGCUUAGAGCAAUAAUAGGGGAGUCAGGCUUCGCGGGGCUCUACCGCGGAUUAACGCCUUCAUUAUUGAGAAGUAUACCUGCUGCCGCCAGCACGUUUGCAGCUUUCGAGAUAACGCGAGAAUUCCUACGGGAAUCAACAGGCGUGUGAACGGACUACUACCGACGCAUGCAGCGACACAACAUUUGGUAUAUCAUGCACAUACUUUAACUGCGGAAGUGUUUCCAAAUCAUCCUUAAACGCGAAACUAAGGAUACGCCCGUAUGGUGUAGUACGUGUACUGUAUCAAAGUGGAAACUAUUAUAUUUCUUCCACAA